AUGCCUGAAGCUGCAACAGAUAUGGUAACCGACGGUCCCAGACUUUUUGGAGUGAAAGCUCCAACUUCUUUAGGCACAGAUAAUCUUUUACCAGGAUCUUUAAGUGGAAAUCCGGCGGGGGACAUCCUUCGCAACUUUUAUCACACGAAAAGAGUCGGAAAUUACUUGAUUGGGAGGAAACUUGGAGAGGGAUCGUUCGCCAAAGUUCGCGAGGGUCUCCAUGCACUGACAGGCGAGAAGGUGGCCGUGAAGGUGAUUGAUAAGAGGAAGGCGAAGAAAGACUCGUACGUGACAAAGAACCUUCGGCGCGAGGGCCAGAUCCAGCAGAUGAUCCGUCAUCCAAACAUCACCCAGCUGCUGGACAUCUUGGAGACAGAGAACAGCUACUACCUCGUGAUGGAACUGUGCCCGGGAGGAAACCUCAUGAAUCACAUCUACGAGAAGAAACGGCUGGAGGAGAGAGAGGCCCAGAAAUAUGUACGUCAGCUGGUCAUGGCUGUGGAACACCUGCACAGGGCAGGAGUGGUGCACAGAGACUUAAAGAUAGAAAACCUUCUCCUUGAUGACCAGGACAACAUAAAGCUGAUAGAUUUUGGGCUCAGUAACUGUGCGGGAAUUCUGGGAUACUCCGACCCUUUCAGCACGCAGUGUGGCAGUCCUGCCUACGCCGCACCAGAGCUAUUGUCCAGGAAGAAGUACGGCCCCAAAGUAGACGUCUGGUCCAUAGGCGUGAACAUGUAUGCCAUGUUGACUGGCACUCUUCCCUUCACUGUGGAGCCCUUCAGCUUAAGAGCCCUACACCAGAAGAUGGUGGACAAGGAGAUGAACCCUCUGCCUCCAACGCUCUCCUCAGCUGCGGUUAGCUUGCUGAAGAAACUUCUGGAGCCCGAUCCCGCCAAGAGGCCCAACAUUCAUCAGGUUAUGGCUGACUCGUGGCUACAGCUGGGCAAUCCGCAUACCGGAAUUCCUUACUUAAAUAGGAUUCAUAUAGAGGAGAUCAAUCACACAGUUUUGUUGCAUAUGACUGAACGCAUGGGUUACAAACACAGCGAGGUCCUCAGUGCGGUGCUGACUAACCGUGCCUGCCACACGCUCGCCGUCUACUUCUUACUGAACAACAAAAUGAAGAGACUCUCCAAGGAGUACCGGGAGAAAGAAAACAUGGAAAAAGAGAAAAAGAGCGAACUUUUCCACACCCAGUGGAGGAAGCACAUUGAGAAGAUCACCAUCCCUCCGAAACAGACCCCCGUCUAUUUGGCCGUGAGCAAAGGCCCAACCAAAGAAAAGAAGCAUAAAACAGGGCUUCUGCGUGCAGUAGCCGGAGGUCUGAAGGAUGUGUAUUCAGGACCUGGCGGUUGCAUAGCGUCAUCCUCUCUGGAGUACCUGGAGAUUCACCCCCUGUUCCCAAACACACCCCAGCCGGCCCGGAGGCUCGAGACGCAGCAGCCCGUCGCCAAAAGCCCGGAGACCAAAAAACCGGUGGACGUCCCCGCCCGCCCCCCCUCUUCCCUCGGCGCUCACUCCUGGGCCUCGGCGAGCAAAGAACCCAGCAAAGACGCGCCGCCGUCCCCCUGGUACAAGCUGACAAACGGAGCCCUCUCUCCCCCGCGCCACGUGUCUGCCUUCCAGCCCGACAGCUCGUACCUGAAGAAGGCCACCAUCCCCAGCCCUCCGGUGCUCAUCGUCAAACCCCAGCCCAAGAAGAGCACCUCCACCUCUGACUGGAACAGCUCCUCCGACUCGGGCAGCAGCCCGCCGAGCAGCGGGGGAAGCGAGGAGCUGGACAGCCCUCAGCACCGGAGCAAGUUCCCCUCCAUGGGAAUCGGGCAGAUUUUGAAGAAACGAGUUCCUCCGCUCAGCUUUAGGCCAGAGCCAGCGGUGGAGGUGGAAUCCCCCACGCCGUAUCAUAUGCAAACUCUGCUAUGCGCUUCAGGGGCGCUCAAAACCUUGUGCUAA